CAAGGACUAGGGCCGGCCCUGUAUUGCUUACUUAGUCUAUAUUUUAACAUUACUAUAAUUAAAUCAAAUCUGAUGGCUCCCCUCCCAGAUCUUGUAGAAACAUGAAUAUCAGUGGACUAUAUGCAUUCGUUUCGGUUUUUAUUUACAUUUUCAGAUAGGCUUUUAUUCUGAAAAUAAUUAGCCGAUUCUACCGGAAAUCAACGUUGUGACUCUUCCCAUUUCCGAAUGUUUUGGUUCGGUUUGAAAUUUACCCUCCAAAGACGAAGGGCGACGAGGGAAACUUAAUAUCAUGGAAAAACAAACAAACUAGAUUAAGUCCAUAUACAUCGAGUAAAAGCAAUUUUCAUGUGAAGAAUCAAGGUCCUCUUACUAUUGAAAAUGAAGAGGAGGAUUCGGAGAUCCGAUCAGGAAUACUUAAUAGACUGUUGUGCACUUUGUAAAUGCAGUGAGAAUUGUCCAGACAAAUAUGGCGAGAAGAUCACACUUAAGUCACAGGAACUCACUGUGCACUACUUUUGCCUGCUGAUGUCAAGCGGCGUGUAUCAGCGUGGAGAGGAAAACGAAGGGAUCUAUGGCUUCUUGGUGGAUGAUAUUAAACAGGAGGUCCGCAGAUCCUCCAGACUAAAAUGUGCAGUCUGCAAGAAGAAUGGUGCUUCAGUUGGGUGCUACGUCAAAAGCUGCCAGAAAAAGGUCCAUUUUCCAUGUGGCAAACAACACCAAUUCAUCUUUCAAUUCACAGAUUUAUUUCCGUCCUACUGUAAGGAUCACAGUCCCACCCAGUCCUGGCCAGUGUCGGCUUGUGUCAGUGAGCCGAUGUCCUGCUCAGUGUGUCUGGACCCCAUAGAGCCUGUCCUCUCCUACUCCGUUCUCAAGUGUCCUGCCUGCCAUGGCAGCUGGUUUCACAGAGACUGUGUGCAGAACCAGGCUCAUAGUGCUGGCAUGUUCUUCUUCAGAUGCACUCUGUGCAACAACAAGGACAUGUUCCAGCAGGAGAUGUUCCGGAUGGGAGUCCACAUACCUGAGAGGAAAUACGAGACCAACAUACAGUAG